GCUGCUGCUAUGCUUCCGUAGGAAGUUUAUAUAGGUAGCUAGUACAUACAUGUGUUUUUACUGUAUUGAAUUAAACAUUUCAAUUUUCAUGGUAAUAUAAAAUUUAAAAAUAACCAAUAAGUAAUUUCUAUAAGCAACUACAGAUAUAAUUCCUAUUUAAUGUAAUUGCAAAACUAAAUAUUUUGACGUAGUUAUAGUUAUUGCUACUGCUUUUAUUAUAUAAAAUGCCGACAAUAUCAGUAAAACGUGAUGCACUCUUCGCUGCAUUGGGGAAAUCAUACACUGAUGAAGAAUUCCAAGAACUAUGCUUCGAUUUUGGCUUGGAGCUGGAUGAAGUUACUACAGAAAAACAGAUGUUGAUUAAGGAGCAGGGUGAUAAAGCUGGUACAGGUGUGUCAGAAGAAAUCUUGUAUCGUAUUGACAUUCCUGCCAAUAGAUAUGACUUGCUCUGUCUAGAAGGACUAGUUAAUGGGAUUCUAGUGUUUCAAGGGAAAAAAGAGCCACCUGUGUAUAAAACCACAAAAUAUGAAGACUGUUAUUCACUUCAUUUAACUCCAGCAACUGCCCAAAUAAGACCAUACGCAGUAGCAGCUGUUCUGAGAGGUGUUUCAUUCACUAAAGAAAGUUAUGAUUCAUUCAUUGAUUUACAGGAUAAAUUACAUCAAAAUAUAUGCAGAAAAAGAACUCUUGUAGCUAUUGGAACGCAUGACUUAGAUACAAUCCAAGGACCAUUUGUUUAUGAUGCCCUCCCACCAAACAAGAUAAAAUUCAAGGCAUUAAACCAGACUAAGGAAAUGACAGCUUCUGAACUAAUGGAAUUGUAUUCUAGUCACGCCCAACUGAAGCAAUACUUGAAUAUUAUCAAAGAUAGUCCAGUGUACCCGGUGAUCAAAGAUAAAAAUGGAAUUGUUUUGUCAAUGCCACCUAUUAUCAAUGGUGACCAUUCUAAAAUCACUCUUGACACAAAAAAUGUAUUUAUUGAGUGUACAGCCACUGAUCUCACUAAGGCAAUAAUUGUACUGGAUACAAUAGUGUGCAUGUUCUCUGAAUAUUGCACCAACAAGUAUGAAGUGCAGCAAUGUAAAGUGUUCGCUCCGGAUGGCACGUACGAACUAUACCCACAAAUGCACUAUAGAGAAGAAACUAUAAAUGUCGAUAAGGCCAACGGUUACAUCGGAAUUAGCGAGAGCGGCUCGCAGCUGGCAACGUUGCUGUCGCGCAUGUGUCUGUCGGCGACGUUAGCAGGCGACGCGCUGAGCGUACGCGUGCCGCCCACGCGACAUGACGUCAUACACGCCUGCGACCUCUACGAAGACAUCGCUAUCGCAUAUGGCUACAACCGAAUCCCGCGCGUGGAAGCGCGCGGCGCGUCGGCGGGCGCGCAGUGCGCGCUGAGCAAGCUGAGCGAGCAGCUGCGCCACGAGUGCGCGCGCGCCGGCUACACCGAGGCGCUCACCUUCACCCUCUGCUCAAGAGAUGACGUCGCCACUAAACUUGGUCUCAAAAUCGAAGACGUCCCCGCGGUUCACAUCUCGAACCCCAAGACACUGGAAUUCCAAGUAGUACGGACAGUGCUGCUGCCGGGCCUGCUCAAGACGCUCGCGGCUAACAAGAAAAUGCCGCUGCCCCUCAAACUAUUUGAGAUCAGCGAUGUUGUGUUAAAGGAUGAGACGGCGGAGACGGGUGGUCGAAACGAGCGUCGUGUGUGCGCGGUGUACUGCGGUCGCGCGGCCGGAUUUCAGUUUGUGCACGGCUUGCUGGACCGCGUGUGUGCCAUGCUGCGCCUGCCGUGGCAUCAGGAACUCGGAUACUAUCUCCAGCAGUGCGAGGAUCCUGCAUAUUUCCCAGGACGUUGUGCUGAAGUGAUAUUCCAGGGCCGAGUAAUCGGAAAAAUAGGAGUAAUUCAUCCAAACGUUUUAACUGCUUUUGAGCUAACUAAUCCAUGUUCCGCAGUGGAAAUCAACAUUGAACCAUUUGUAUGAAAUUAUAUAUAAUGCAAUGAUUAUUAUUCAUCUUAGAUUGCUUUUUGUGACACAUUUUGUAAAUUAAUGUCAAUAUAUUAGUGUCAUCAGCAUUGUUUGUUUCUGGACUGUUUGCUCUGAUAAGAUUAAUCCUGUUUAAAUAUAAAAGUAAUACACAGUAAAAUACAUUGAAAUGUAUAAUACAUAAAUGAUUUUAUAAGCAAACAAAAAGCCUUUUUUAUUAAAUGUUUAACGAAUGUUCA